CUAUGUUUUCAAAAUUUCAAAGUACGAUUAUGUCAAAAGUUAAAACGCACAAAUACUUCGGCCGUGAUUCCUCCGAUUGGAAUAUAUUAGAUUUUUUGAAUGCGUGUGACGUGGAGCCAUUUGACAAUAAGAUAGAUGUUUACCUAAAAUCUCUUGAAAACAUCUUUGAUAAAGAGCAAGAUGCCCGGAGGGAAAAAGCGCGAGCACUCCUUGACAAAUAUAGAACGGCUAGGCAUGGGUGGCUUUCUGGGUUCCCUGUGUUAAAGGGAAGUGAUCGCACAUUUGCUAAAAAGUGGAAUAAAACGCGUAAAUUGCAUAUUUCAAGUGGGACAACAAUUAACAUUAAUCAUUCAGUUUCCGCAAUAAAUGGAACAAUACAUGGAACGAUCAAUAAUAACUCCAUGUCCGGGAAAAGGGAUCACAAGGAUGAAAUAGAUCAAUUUUUUCAAAGUCCCAAUGAUCAACAACCCAAUCAGUUUAAUAAAAAACUGCGAAAAUUAGAGGCCACAGAUGAAUGUAAAUAUGCACCGCAAAUCAACGAUGAUGAUGAUGAAAUAGAUAAAGAGAUGUGUGAAUUAAGCAUGCUAGAGUUCGAACAUAUAUUUCAAGGAAUGAGAAAGGAAAAAAAGUGGUUUUUGAAAUCGGGAAAAUGCGUUGAGGACAAGUUGUAUGCCUUUGGAAAACAAUGCCGAUUUGAACAUUUGGCACAUUCUUUCAUUAUCGACCCCGAUGACGAAACCUACUAUCAAAACAAUGUGUUUACCCCCGAAGAACUCGAAGAGAUUCGUGAUACAGAAUCAAAAGACCUUCCUAAGAUGCCGACCGAAUUACUGAAAUUUGUCAGCUCUUUCCGAAAGAAAACAACGGAAAAUUUGCGGAUAAUGCUUGAUACGCGAAAGGACUGGGAAGGCGAAAACUUUGACAGGGCUAAACACUUUGAUUUUGACUGGAUAAAACAUAGCGUUCACAGUUUAUUAUUGGAAUUUGAGUCCGGCACAUUAAAGCAAAAUCACUUGGAAGCGUGGUACAAUAUCCAUAUUUGGUCACUAAUAGACAGAUCCUUCAACGAGAUAAAAGGGGUGGACGUUGCCAGAGGCGAGUCGUGUAGCCUUGCUUCUGCGAAACGCAAAAAUAAACAUAGAGUUAUUCAAGGAUUGGUCGCAACAACACGAAAAGCACUUGGAAGAAGAGGUGAUUUAAUAUUAAGGAAAGGAAUAUACGAAUACGGUGCUUCUGAGGUUGGAAAGGACUACGAGGGGGAUAAAGGGACAAAGUUACUCAGAGAAAGGGGUCUAAAAAGUCCGAAGAUGCUUAAGGACAUGUUGGUAGAUUUGGGUAAUUAUAUAAAGUGGGAAAAAAAUAAACUACGUCAAUUGGAGCUAGUAAGCUUCAUUCAUGCUGGUAGUCUUUUCAUGAUUUUAUUACGUAUUGAUGCUCCUGCCGGCUAUAUGUGUAGAAUAACGAGAUCGGAGACUCUACAGAUACCAACCGAUGUUAGUUGUUUUGAAGAAGCUCUUAAGUGUAUGGUUUUGACUUGGAAAGCGAAGAAUUUGCAAGAAGCUGGUGCCCGUAAGCAUGAGGAUUGUAUUAUCGUUCCUAACUGUGUUAGGACACCACAAAAAAAACGGACGGUCCUGCAAACAUCGCAAGUUCUAUUAAAGAAGGAAAAGCUUACCUUUCCAUGUUCUUCGUAG